AUACUUUCUUGUGCUUCUGGUUUACCCGUGAAGAUCUAACAACACAGAUGCGACUGAAAUCCCAUUGACUCUUGGUUCACUUGGGUGUUUGAUUCUUCAAAGUUUGUUUCAUCAAGAAAUCCUCUCUCUACGAUAGAUCCCUGAAUAUAGCUGAAAUCCCAACUCGAAAUCACCUUCUGCAGAUCAAGAUCUCUGUUAACAAUGAAGCUUCAAAGAUUUGCAGUCUGUAUCGUUGUAAUCAUAGGGCUUCUAUCCACAAUCGCUCAAUCAAUACGUUUCGAACUCGAAUCGGGUCAUACUAAAUGCAUAGCAGAAGAUAUCAAGAGCAAUUCUAUGACUGUUGGUCAUUACUCCAUAGUUAAUCCUAAUGAAGGACAGCCUUUACCUGAAUCUCACAGAAUCACUCUCAAGGUGACUUCGGCAUAUGGGAAUAGCUAUCACUCUGCUGAAAAUGUGCAAUCGGGUCAAUUUGCUUUUCAGGCUGUCGAGGCUGGUGAUUAUAUGGCUUGUUUUUUUGCUAUCGAUCACCAACCAGCGCUUAAGAUUCCUAUCGAAUUUGAUUGGAGGUCUGGUGUAGCUGCCAAAGAUUGGUCCAAUGUCGCCAAGAAAGGUUCAGUAGAUGCGAUGAACUUUGAGCUGAAGAAACUGGGAGAUGCCAUAACUUCGAUUCAUGAGGAGAUGUUUUAUCUCCGAGAGAGGGAACAAGAAAUGCAAGAGCUUAACAAAAUCACGAACUCAAGAAUGGCGUGGUUGAGUUUUCUUUCGCUGUUUAUAUGCUUAUCGGUGGCAGGUUUGCAGCUUUGGCACCUGAAAUCGUUCUUUGAGAAGAAGAAACUCAUUUGAGAUCCCUCUGUUCGAUAUUAUGUUUUCGUGUACAAUUUUUCGUCUCUUAAGAGUCAACACACGCUCAUUACUUGUGUCUCUAAAUACUUGUAGACGUCCUGGGAACUUCUUGUUAGGAUCGAAAAUCGCAUCUAAAUCUGAGAAAUUAAAGAUCCCUUACUUACGAUUCCGCUUUUCGGCA